GAGCAGCAUAAGACCCACAGACGGUCUAAUAAUGUGCAGUCUGCUGACACUGGAUGACUGGAAACAGCAGAGAUGAAGAAGCUAUGGAUUAUGGUUGUCUUUGCUACAGUCUCUUUUCAACAGGGGGAUCUCAGCACAUCCUCUGCCAUUCCAACCCCCAUUGAAAUAACUAUCCCAACUACUGAUGACCCUAUAACCCCUGACCCUUCAGCUACUGACACUCCAACUACUGAGUCUACAUCUACCGAUUCCCCUUUAACCCCUGACCCUACAACUACUGAUUCCCCUAUAACCCCUAACCCUACUACUACCGAUUCCCCUAUAACCUCUGACACUAUAUCUACCGAUUACACUCUAACCCCUGAAUAUGGAACUACUGAUUCCUCUAUAACCCCUGAAUCUGCAACUACUGAUUCCACUAUAACCCCUGACCCUACAACUACUGAUUCCCUCAUAACCCCUGACCCUACACCUACUGAUUCCCCUAUAACCCCUGACCCUACAACUACUGAUUCCCCUAUAACCCCUGACCCUAGAACUACUGAUUCCCCUAUAACCUCUGACCCUACAUCUACCGAUUACACUAUAACCCCUGAACCUAGAACUACUGAUUCCCUUAUAACCCCUGACCCUACAUCUACUGAUUCCCUCACAACCCCUGACCCUACACCUACUGAUUCCCCUAUAACCCCUGACUCUACAUCUACUGAUUCCCCUAUAACCCCUGACCCUACAUCUACCGAUUACACUAUAACCCCUGACCCUAGAACUACUGAUUCCCUUAUAACCUCUGACCCUACAUCUACCGAUUACACUAUAACCCCUGACCCUAGAACUACUGAUUCCCUUAUAACCUCUGACCCUACAUUUACCGAUUACACUAUAACCCCUGACCCUAGAACUACUGAUUCCCUUAUAACCCCUGACCCUACAUCUACUGAUUCUCCUAUAACCCCUGACCCUACAACUACUGUUUCCCCUAUAACCCCUAACCCUACUACUACUGAUUCCCCUAUAACCUCUGACCCUAUAUCUACCGAUUACACUCUAACCCCUGAAUAUGGAACUACUGAUUCCUCUAUAACCCCUGAAUCUGCAACUACUGCUUCCACUAUAACCCCUGACCCUACAUCUACUGAUUCCCCUAUAACCUCUGACCCUACAUCUACCGAUUACACUAUAACCCCUGACCCUAGAACUACUGAUUCCCUUAUAACCACUGACCCUAGAACUACUGAUUCCCUUAUAACCUCUGACCCUACAUCUACCUAUUACACUAUAACCCCUGACCCUAGAACUACUGAUUCCCUUAUAACCCCUGACCCUACAUCUACUGAUUCUCCUAUAACCCCUGACCCUACAACUACUGUUUCCCCUAUAACCCCUAACCCUACUACUACCGAUUCCCCUAUAACCUCUGACCCUAUAUCUACCGAUUACACUCUAACCCCUGAAUAUGGAACUACUGAUUCCUCUAUAACCCCUGAAUCUGCAACUACUGCUUCCACUAUAACCCCUGACCCUACAUCUACUGAUUCUCCUAUAACCCCUGACCCUACUGAUUCUCUCAUAACCCCUGACCCUACACCUACUGACACUCCAACUGCCGAAUACCUAACUACUACUGGUCUUCCAACUACUGGUUACCCUACCUCUAUCCCUAUCACCAGUACCAGUCUCCCAAACACCUCGAACACCACCACCACCUCUCCUACCACCUCUACUACCACCACCACCACCACCACCACCACCACCACCUCUACCACCACAACCCCUCCUCUGGUCUGUAUCAACAGUGGUGAGCUGCAGAGUGGCGUCUGUAUCUGUCCUGAUGAGUGGACCGGAGAGACCUGUUCAGAGGGGAAUUUCUGCAAUUCCACCAUCAUUGGUCAUUUCUCCUACCCAAGAACAACGGUUGGCUGGUCUGCUUAUUCAGAAGAGUUGUGUGAUGAGAAGACAACCAGUGCUGGUUUACCAAAAGCCUCAGCAAGAUGUUUGAAUGACACUGGCUCUCUGAUGUUUGGUCCUCCUCAUGAACUGCAGUGUGAAUUUACCCUCGGUGACAUUCAAGGAAAUAUCUCCAGCAGUUCAGGUGAUUUAUUACAGUUAGCCUUCAGUACUCAGAUCCUGACCUCCCAACCAGAGCAGCUGUCAGCUGACAACAUCACCACAGCAGCUCAGAUAGCUAACAUACUGCUUCAGUCUGCAAAUAUCACAGAGGACAUCGCAGUGGCAGCUGUAACCACCAUCAGUCAGCUGCUCAAUGCCAGUGAGGAGAGUACACAGGAGAGAGACGCUGUCCAAAACCUCACAGAGACCCUGGAGAUGUUUUCCCUGGACCAGUACAAUAAUGUGUCAUUGGUGGUUCAGCCCAACCUGGCAGUCCAGUCUGUCCAAGUACCAAGUGACACAGUAGGGAUCCAGUUUACUGCUCUGAUUGGAAGAUCUGGUAAUUUUGUGGCCAACAGAAUUCAUCUCAACACCAAUACCUCUGAACUGAUAGCUGACAAAGGAGGUUCUACCGAUGUCCAGAUUGUCAUAAAAUUCCCAUCAGUUUUACGUAGUAAAAACACAAACCACUCCAUUGGUUUUGUGCUCUACCAAAACGACCGGUUCUUCAAGUCCAAGGCUUUCAGAGCUUCUUCAGGAACCAGCAGAAGGGUCAUCUCUGCUAACCUGGGACAAGUGUCUGGGUUACAUGUUGAGAUGCUCUUCAAGCCCACAGCUGUUCCCAACACCUCCCUCCAUGACUUUGCCUGCGUGUCAUGGAACUACACGUUGAAAGACUGGAGCACCUUUGGCUGCUCCAAAGUCAACCACUCAGCAGACGGCCUGCGAUGUUUCUGUAAUCACACCACUAACUUCGCUGUGCUGAUGUCGUUCAGGAGGGAUUAUAAAUACGCUGAUGAGCUAAAUUGGAUCACCAUAUUGGGAUGCUCCAUGUCCAUCAUAGGGUUGAGUUUAACAAUAACAUUCCAGAUGGUGACCAGGAAAUCGCGCAAAACCAACCCAACGGUCCUCUUAGUGAGCGUCUGCAUGUGUCUCCUGAUCUUCACCCUCCUCUUCAUGUUGGGAGUGGACAACCCUCAUAAACAGCUGGGCAAACCUAAAAUACAGGAGGACAACAUUCUCCCCCCGUCCGACACACACACAGAGCAGGACAGAGGGCCCUGUACUGCAGUGGCAGUCCUGCUGCAGUACUUCCUGUUGGGGACGUUCACCUGGAACACGCUGUACGCCACACAUGUCUUCCUAAUGAUCAGAAACAGCCUGGCCACCAGCCCAUCACACUUCACAGCCUAUACCGUGGCCAUCGGAUGGGGACUGCCUGCAGUUGUGGUGUCUCUCACCUUAGGAAUUAGUUACAGAGUGGAUGAUCCACUGGGAUACAGGCAGGAGGAAUUUUGCUGGCUUGCUGCCCUCGAUCCAAAGGGGAACUUUGACUUCAAGCUGCCAAUGUUUUGGGGGUUCCUGGUCCCUGUGGCGUUCAUGCUUAUCUUCAACACAGUGGUGUUGGUAUGUUUUACAGUUACAACAGCCAAGACCAACCCACAUUUAACCAGUACAAGACACACAUCGAUGAAGAAGAAGUUCCUCAGUAGCUUCUCUCUGGCUGUGGUGCUCGGUCUCUCCUGGAUCCUGGGCUAUCUGUUGCUCAUUACACAGAACCAGACCAUAUACACCAUACUCAACAUCUCCUUCUGUGUUCUCACCACCACUCAGGGUUUGCAGAUUUUCAUUCUGUUCACCGCAAGAACAUCAAUUGUCAAGAAAAUGAUGGCAGAUGCUUUGAAAUCUGUCUCUAGUGUUGAGAUCCCACUUCACACCAAGAGGUUCAGUCUAUGGCGAGGCAAGCGCAGUGAAAAGGUUGAAUCAUACACACAGCUGGACACUAUUCUGUCAACACAUUAACACCUUAACUGCCACAGAAAAAGUAUUUUCCUGAAUUUUUUUUAUUUAACCUUAAACUAGCUAGGGAUAGGCGGGACGCAAAUGUCUCAACUGGCCAAUUGCCAGGGAAAAUGCAGAGCGCCAGAUUCAAAUAAAAUACUAUAAAAUUCAAACUUUCAUUAAAUCACACAUGUAAGAUACUUAAUUAAAGCUACACUCGUUGUGAAUCCAGCCAACGUGUCAGAUUUUAAAAAUGCUUUUCGGCGAAAGCAUAAAAAGCUAUUAUAUGAUAGCCUGCACCAUCUGCACCAGCAGUAAACAAAGGGGUUAGCCUAUUUCAACCCUGCAGGCGCUUCACAAAACGCUGAAAUAAAAUAUAAAACAUGCAUUUCCUUUGACAAGCUUCUUUUGUUGGCACUCCAAUAUGUCCCAUAAACAUCACUAUUGGUCAUUUUGUUCGAUUAAUUCUGUCCAUAUUUAUCCAAAAUGUCCAUUUAUAAAGCGCGUUUGAUCCAGAAAAAAACAGCUUACAAAAAACGCAACGUCACUUCAAAAUAUUUAAAAAGUUGCCUAUAAACUUUGCCAAAAUAUUUCAAACUACUUUUGUAAUAAUACUUUAGGUAUUUUUAAACGUUAAUAAUUGAUCAAAUUGUAGACGGGGCAAUCUGUGUUCAAUACAGGAAUGAAAACAAACCAGCGCCACUUUUCACAUCUUGCGCAACUCACAAAAGUGUACCCAGUUCCAAGUUGGCCUACUUCUUCAUUGCUCAAAGGAAUAACCUCAACCAAAUUCCAAACACUGGUGACAUCCAGUGGUGGUGGAAGCUGUAGGAACUGAAAACAGGUUCCUAAGAAAUAUCCCUUGGCAAUAACAAGUCAGGGAACAGAGAGGCAAAACAAGCAAAAUUCUGAACAGUUAGUCCUCGGGGUUUUGCCUGCUACAUAAGUUCUGUUAUACUCACAGACAUGAAUCAAACAGUUUUAGAAACUUCAGAGUGUUUUCUAUCCAGAUCUAUGAAUAAUAUGCAUAUCUUAUAUUCUUGGCAUGAGUAGCAGGAAGUUGAAAUUGUGCACGCUAUUUAUCCAAAAGUGAAGAUUCUGCCCCCUAGCCCCAUAGGCCAUAAAUAAUCUGUAUUUGAUCGCAAACAUCUGUACCAGACUGAGUAGCCCGAUUAGGUUCAACUUAAUUUGUAUUGGAUUUUACAUAUGCUUCUUAAAUCAUCUGUACAUCAUUGUGCAUUAAUUAAUGUCAUGUCUGCUUCAGUUACUUAUAAUGGAAGACAGGCCAAGAUAAAUGAUGCCUGAUUUCAAAAUGAUACAUUUGUGUCAAUAUAUGAGUAUUCAUAUAUAUGUAAUUUCAUGUUUACUGUUUAUAUGCUCAUAAUACCUGUAAAAUGACAUGUCCUGAAAACAUUUGUAAAACAAAUUGAAGAUAACAGGUUGAUAUCAAUAUGAAAAUAUUUUUGGAUUUGCAACGACAAAAAAAUCCCAUAACAAUAUUUCUUCAUUGUCCAUAAUAGCUAGCUUUGUCUAAAUAGCAUUCCUUUAUUGGGCAUCUCAACUGCCUGGUAGAGCAUAUUUUUCAAGAGUUCCUCAAAUGAAUAAAUAACAACAUAUCAGUAAUUUCAUGAUACCAAAAUUAUACUUGAGGUCAGCAACAUUGUACUGUGAUGUCAUAUCCUGUUUUAAACACAAAGUAGUACUGAAAAAGUGUGAUCAAUCAGGAUAGGAUUUGCUCACGUUCAUGUCUUCGCUCACCUGCACAUCUAUGAAUGUUUGUGUAAAAAAUAUAGGAGUCCAAUAAUGAAAACCACAUGAUAAUUGUAAUAAAUGGCAUGAUAAAAUAUGGUAAAUAAAAUGCAUAUGUUUAAUUUCAACUGCUCAGUUGAGCUGCCUCUUAAAGGGUUAAUUUUCACCUAGUUAUUCACAACAACAAAAAAGAAAGAAAAUAUGUGAUUUUUUAUUUCACCUUUAUUUAACCAGGUAGGCCAAGUUCUCAUUUACAACUGCGACCUGGCCAGUUAAAGCAAAGCAGUGCGACAAAAACAACAACACAGAGUUACACAUGGGAUAAACAAACAUACAGUCAAUAACACAAUAGAAACAUCUGUAUACAGUGUGUGUGCAAAUGAAGUAAGGAGCUACGGCAAUAAAUUGGCCAAUAGUGGUGAAGUAAUUACAAUUUAGCAAUUAAAACACUGGGGUGAUAUAUGUGCAGAUCACGAUGGAUGUGCAAGUAGAAAUACUGGUGUGCAAAAGAACAGAAAAACAAAAAAACAAAUAUGGGGAUGAGGUAAGUAGUUGGUUGGAUGGGCUAUUUACAGAUGGGCUGUGUACAGCUGCAGCGAUCGGUAAUCUGCUCUGACAGCUGACGCUUAAAGUUCCAGCCAUUGGCAGCAGAGAACUGGAAGGAAAGGCGGCCAACGGAGGUGUUGGCUUUGGGGGUGACCAGUGAAAUAUACUUGCUGGAGCGCCUGAUACGGGUGAGUGUUGCUAUGCUGGCCAGUGAGCUGAGAUAGGGUGGAGUUUACCUAGCAAAGACUUAUAGAUGACCUGGAGCCAGUGGGUUUGGCGAAAAAUAUGUAGCGAGGACCAGCCAAUGAGAGCAUACAGGUCGCAGUGGUGGGUAGUAUAUGGGGAUUUGGUGUCAAAACGUAUGGCACUGUGAUAGACUGCAUCCAAUUUGCUGAGUAAAGUGUUGGAGGCUAUUUUGUAAAUUACAUCGCCCAAGUCAAGGUUCGGUAGGAUAGUCAGUACUAUGAGGGUAGGUUUGGCAGCAUGAGUGAAGGAGGCUUUGUUGUGAAAUAGGAAGCUAAUUCUAGAUUUAACUUUGGAUUGGAGAUGCUUAAUAAUGUGAGUCUGGAAGGAGAGUUUACAGUCUAGCCGGACCCCUAGGUAUUUAUAGUUGUCACAUAUUCUAAGUCAGAACCGUCCAGAGUAGUGAUGCUAGUUAUUUUAGGGAGAGAGGGUCCAGAUUGCCUAGCCCAGCUGAUUUGUUAGGAU